GGAUUUUUUUUCUUUAAUAUUUUUCUUUCAUUCACACAUAUAAAUAUACAAUGUCUGAACUUCAUCGAAAACUUGUAAUAGUUGGUGAUGGUGCGUGCGGGAAGACAUGUCUUUUAAUCGUAUUUUCAAAGGGCACAUUUCCAGAUAUUUAUGUACCAACAGUAUUUGAAAAUUAUGUUAAAAAUAUAACAGUGGAUGGAAGAAAUGUUGAGUUAGCAUUAUGGGAUACAGCGGGUCAAGAGGAUUAUGAUCGUUUAAGACCACUUUCUUAUCCUGAUGCUCAUGUAAUUUUAAUUUGUUAUUCUAUCGACUCUAUCGAUUCUUUAGAAAACAUAGAAGAAAAAUGGUAUCCAGAAGUGAAAUCAUUUUGUCCAAAUUUACCAAUUAUUCUAGUUGGAAACAAAACAGAUUUAAGAAAUGAUCAAAAUGUGAAUAAUGGAUCACGUAGACUUGUAACUAUUCAAGAAGGAAAACGAGUUGCUGAUAAAAUUGGAGCUGUUCAUUUGGAGUGUUCUGCUAAAUUUAACGAUGGUGUUAAUAACGUUUUUGAACAUGCUGUAAGAGCGGCUCUUCGUAAUGUUGAUGAAUCUACGAGUGAUUGUUGUUGUGUAGUUUUAUAAAAAGAAAAGUUGGUUUAUGAAUCAAGAAAAGAAAUAAGGGGGAAAAAAUUGGGAAAAAUUAGAUUAGUUUAUUGAAUUUUGAA